UCUGCUAAUCCCGCUCAUUGCCUGUACUGCUUUAUCCUCAAAUAAAAAAAUGAUAGAAACUACCCUCAAGGGGUGACACAAAUUCAUCUAGAUGACAGCUCUAAAUCCAGAUUAUGGAUAACAGUACUACACGAUCUGUAUUCAGCGAAAUUACCUCGCAAGGAUUCACCGUCAGUUCCUUAUUUGGAACGUCCGCUGGCGCCUACCAACUCAAUCUUCCAGAGUCGCCUUCGUUGGUCAAUUUCGCUCCCUCAAUACUAAGAGCUGCUGCAAGUGAGCGUCGUGAGGAUCCAGACCCUCACCAAGAGGAACUUUCAGAUGUUCCUCCCAAAGAUCCGCAUUUUGAGGAUGAAAAGUUCGAGAGACUUUCCAGAGCACACAAAGACCAAGCUGGUCCCUGGAUAACGCAUCGAUUUAACAUGCGCCUUUGGAAUACACCAAAGCCCCAUCCAGAGCAGGCGGAAUCAGCAAGCUGGGAAACUCCAGAGGGUUUUGAUGGCGUGCUGAGUAAAAUCCUAGUAGCUCCUAAUUUAUCCAGGCUGGAUCGAUCGCCGGAGUUUCACCAUUACGCCUACACCAAGUGUGUUUUAGCCAACAAGAAAUUGACAAACAUUGACGUCCUACAAGCCUAUUCUUAUCUGCAAUACCUGGAUGUUUCCUCCAACAAACUGACCAGCCUGAAGCCGCUCAGAGCUUUACCGUUCCUCAAAAUCCUGAAUGCUUCCCAUAAUUUGCUAACCACCAUCCUGGACUUUGCAGCCCCGUUUUUUCUAACAGUGGCCAACUUGUCUCACAACAACAUCAAGCAGAUGAGAGAUUUGAGCGCCUUCUGGUCCAUAACUGACCUGGACUUGUCCCAUAAUUUGAUACAGACUAUUGAUGGAAUCAAUUCGUUGAAAUACUUAAGUAGCCUGAAUUUAUCAUUCAACCGUAUCCAGACGCUGGAAAAUCUGUCUGGGCUUCGAAUCAACUAUCUGUACCUGCAAAAUAACAUGAUCAAAGUGUACGAAGAUUCCGAGAGGGCCAAUCUUCAUACCUUGAAGCACUUGCGCAUCAUCAACUUGAGCUACAAUCAGGUUUCCUCUUUGAAGAUACUCGAGAACGUGGAGAACUUGGAGGUGUUGGACAUCGUGAAUAACAAUGUGGCUCAACUGCUGGAUAUUUACUACUUGCGGAAGUUGAAGUACUUGAAUAAGCUGAAUCUAACGGGAAAUCCUGUAACAACCAUUGGAAGGUACCUGGAAGUCUGUCUCAAAUACAUAAAAAACUUGACUUUACUAGACAACCAUCCGGUAGAGUCUGAUAGUUGGCUGGCGAAGCUGAGCAAUGAAGCUGUGGAGGUUGCACAAGUUGCAGCCCAAAACCGAUUGAAGCUCACAGUUUUGGAACAACUGCAGCUUCCAAAGGUAUGGUUCUGGUUACCAGCUUAUGACACCCCUCCGAUUGCUGUUAUUAUUUUACUGGGGCUCCAAGCCAACCGACGCCCUUAUCUGGCCAAAAAAUUUUGCGAAAGCCAAAAAAAUGUUGUAUUAGGACUUCUGCACACCACACACCCAAAGCCCCAACAUGAAGCUGAAGGAGAACAUUUCCAUUACGUAGAUGAGCCGGAGUUCAUCAGGAUGCUUAAAGAAGGCAAAUUUUCAACCUAUCAAGAAAUCUUGGGUUCAUACUAUGGAAUCGCCUACGCGGAAUUUGAAAGGGCCAAAAAUGGUAUAAUAAUGUUCCACGCCGAUUUGACUAUGGCUUUGGCCGUUAAGCGAAUAUUUUUCAACACAACCCUGGUGUUAGCUUUGCCCAGCAGCAAGGAAGCUCAUUUUGAAAAACUCAGUAUUUUGUAUUCGGUCCAAGUUAAGGAGGACGGAACGUUCAAAGUAGUGAAUUCACCAGCCGAGUCCGAGUAUCAAUUGGAAUUUCCAGUGAAGGGGAAAAGUGACUCUACUGUGAGCAUAAUGCAAGAUGUGGUGGAUGAAAUAGUUGAUCGGGUCUGGAAAUUAACCAACAAGUCUGGAGCACUGGAGCAAGUCGCCUCCUCUAGUGAAAAUGAACUUAAAGAGGUGCAAAUUUCAACUGCAUCUUCAAGGAGAACUUCGGUAGAUGAAUCAGGGAGGUCUGAAAAAAGUGAAAUUUUAGAACUCUGGUGGUCAUCAGAUCCCACCACUACAAUGAGUAUAAUAAUACAUCCAGCACAUCUAAGUGAAGAGAACCAUCAAAUGGCAGUUCUGGGGAAUUCCGAAGAUGAUUUAGAACAGUUUAAGGUGAAUAAGGAAGGAUCCACAAAUGGUCAAGUGAAAAGAUACGUUUCAUUCACCGUGGCUCAUGUUCAUAAAUUUCAUGAUUCUGCCAAAUCGGAAAAACGAGCUGAAGAGAGCAAGACAGAGUGUGAACGGAAGGCGGAAGAUAAUGAAAAUGUUUCUGAUAUAGCGGAUUCAGUGCCCGAGUUAAAAGAGAGAACGUGCAAUUAUACCAAAUCGGAUAUAAGAACAAGCCGCGCAUAUACAACUUGUCCUCUAGUCACUAAGAAUUUCCUGACCGAUGGGGAAUGUUUUGCUAAUCUUAUUAUUCGCGAUGAAGGAAUAAGGGCUCUUUUCGAAGAAGAAUUGCGACGUCGCGACGAACUUUUGGAACUUCAUCUGGAUAUGCCUGGAUUGUUCAGGGAACUGCUAUUUACUGAUGAGGAAGAGAAAGCCCUGGGCAAACUGAAAACUUUAUUGAUGGACAUUAACCGAUACAACGAUUCCACUCCGAAAACAAUUUUAGAUUUUGAGAACGACCCGAUUUUUUCAGACAUGAUUCAUGCCAAAGUUGAAAAUUGCUUUGUGGAGCUGAGAAAGGCAGUUUCGAUUUCAGAAAAACAAGCGGCAGAAUACACGGUGAAGAAAUACCCACAUCGAUGCGAGCUAAGCGUUUGCUCUAACCCGGCUUGCCCACAAUGGCGUUGAAAAAAGUACAUACAUUUCAUCGUUUAUUGAAUAAUGAAUACAUAUUCAAAACAAAUAUCAGUCAUACAAAAAGAUACAUGUAAUUCUAACUACGUCAAUUAGAAAAACGAUUUUUAAUGUACUUAUAUUUAGUCCAAAAAGUACAAAUAUCUACCUUACAACAAUGAGAUACAUUUUUCUAGAAAUACAGUUACGAUAGUCGUUGGCCUACAAAAGCCACCACCAGAUUGAGACCAUUUACCUUUGCUUUGUGUUAGCGGACUGGUUGGAAAACAAUCAAAUUUCAUUAGCUAGAAGGCAUUUAAACCGGCGAAGUUCGAUUCUUCAAUUUCGCUAGGCAGUAACAUAGUUUUAAAAGGAAUGUCGAAUAUUUGAUCCUGUAUCAAAAUGUGACGAAGCUCAUGGUCAAUUAAAACUACGUUCUAAUUAA